CAUAUUUUGACCAUGGUGGCAGCUGAAGCAGAUCCGUCCAACAUGGAGGGAGAGGUUGAGAACGAUCUGGAAGGAGUGGAGGAGGAAAAGAAUUCGAACCAUGAUGACAGCCAAACUCGAAAGAUCCACGUAUCUCGAAUUCCAAGUUCCUUUGAUGAAGCGAUCGUGAAGCGAGUGAUGGAAGAGCACGUUGGAAAAGAUACCGUCGAGGAGGUAGCCUUGAUCUACAAGCGUCCGGAUGCCGAAGAAGAAGAUGCCGAUGGUGCUACCGGUACGACAAAAGACAAUAAGAAGAAGGAGUCCAAGGACAGUUCCAAAAGUAGUAGUAAAAAGCAAAAACACGGCGGCGACGACGACGACAAGACAGAAACGGAACAUCGAGGAUUUGGAUUUGUGACCUUUUGCACUCCCGACAGUUAUCAGAAAGCUCUGACGAUGCCGUCCAUUCGUUGUGGUCGCAAAGCCACUUCCAACCGCAAACACACACUCUACAUCCGUCCGUAUGCCGAAAAGGGAGCGCAGGAAAUCUGCUACCUGUGGGCCAAACAUCGUUGUCCGUAUGGAGACGACUGCAAGUUUGUUCACGAGGGUGACGGUGGUUGCAUGAUAAUAGUGCCGUCAGCAGAAAAGGCAGACAAGAAAAAGCAGAAAUGUUUUGCCUUUAAAAAGGGAAAAUGCAAACGAGGCGACCAGUGUCCUUUUUCUCAUGAUUUUAAACCCAACGUGGCUACCGCUACAACGGAUAAUGCCACAACCAAAGAUCAGGAUGACAACGACGACAAAGAAAAAGCCAAAGAUGUGGAUAAAGACAACAAAAAACGAAAACGAGACAACUCGGAAAAGGACUGUAUCAAUUGGAAGACCAAGGGCAAAUGCCGCAAGGGAGACAAGUGUCCCUACCGACACGAUGAAGCGCUCCGGGAAGCUGCCUUGUUGAAGAAGAAGAAGAACAAGAAACGAAAGCAACAGGAAGGAGCAGAUGCCGGUGAUACGGAAUCCAAACGACAACGACAACCUCUGUGGGUCCGCUUGUUUGGUUUGAACUACGACACACGCGAACACGACGUGCGAGAAUUUUUGCAACACUGUGGAACCAUUAUGGAGGUUCAGUUUCCUCGAUUUGAAGACAGUGGACGCAGCAAAGGCUACUGUGGUGUCUUGUUCCAGAGCCCCAAGGCCGUGGCCAAGGCGCUCGAGUUGGAUGGAGAAGAAUUGAUGGGACGAUGGUUGCGCAUUCAAGCUGGUAAAAUGCUGUUGGAUCAGUGGGAAGAUCGAGAGAAGCAACCGAAGCAGACGCAAUCAAACUACGAAGAAGAGCAAGAGGCGUAUUAG